AUGGGCUUGAACUCCUCCAAGGCCCCGAGGAAGGUGACUAAAGUAGCCCCGAUGCCAAUCAAAGGGGACAGGCUGGCGCCCCCCAGCAGUGGGGCUGUGUACACUUUCCAGAGUUCUCUGCAAGAGAGAAACCCAAGCUCCACUGCCUCCUGGAUGGGGAGAAAUCCAGCAUCGGAAAAAUAUCUUCCCCCGCUGCGAGAAACAUGGCAAGGAAGAUAUGCCGCAGGGCCGAGGCUGUGUCCAUCAGAGCCGGCGGCAGACGGGGGAGAAGGAAGCAUCAUCAAGCAACACCCCCCUCGGAGACUCCAGAAACUGGAGCCCUUCAUCCUUGCCAAGGACAUCCCUCUUGACAAGAAUGCGAGCCUGCAAGUUGAUGCAGUGACACGCCGAGCGAAGGAGCUAGCAAAAGGAGGGGAAGCUGCCAUGCAUCCUGCGGGAAGAAGACAGUAUUUACUUAAAAUGAAGAUGCUGGAAAUAAGGAAAGAGGAAGAACUGAAGAGACGUCUGCGCCAGGAAGCAAGACUUAUUGAGACAAAAUCAAGGAUUCUCCACAGGCAAGGAGCUCUUGGGCAUGUGCAAAGACACAACCGCUGUGAGGAUGCUGAAGAGCUGUUCGCCACUGAGCUUGACCCAACGUUUAGUAGAAACCAUGACAAUCUGUGGAGUGGAGGCCUUUUUAAGGAGCACAGGCCAACUGAAUCCCAUCAUGGUCAGAGGAGUAAAGUGGAAACAUGGCUGCUGAAGCAGCAAGAAGCACAGAGAGACUGUUCUUCAGAUGCAUCAAGCACUGACUCGGAUGCUUGGGACAGCUUUGGGAAGCCUUGCCGAAGACAUGCUUUGGUGAGAACCAAGACGGAGAGGAUCUCCCUUUUUGAUGAGUUUUUUGAUCAAGACUUCUGA